AUGGAAGUCGAAGCGCUCGAGGCGAUCUAUAUGGACGACUUUACCAAGCUGUCGGAAGUGCCGCUGGUCUACCAAGUGCACGUGGUGCCCAAUCAGGACGGCGAGAAUAACUUUGUGGCAUUGCUGCUCAAGGCUGAGAUUCCAGAGACGUACCCAGAUGCGAUGCCAAAGCUUGAGGUUGUCGUGGAGAAGGGCUUGGCAGACCGACAAGUGAAGGAGGUCAAGGACUUGCUCGAUCAGCAGGUGAACGAGAACAUGGGGAUGGCCAUGAUGUACACGCUGUCGGAGGCCGUGCGGGAGUAUUUGGUCGACAACAACCGCGAGGGGAAUGAUGGAUCGGAGCACCAGGAGAUGUUACGUCGGAUGGAACAGAAGAAGAAGACCGAGGAGAAGGUCGAAGCGAACAAACUUGAGCAGGCCACUGCCGAUGAGGAGCUGAACCAGCGCGAAGUUCACGGCACACCAGUGACGGUGGAGACGUUUGCUGCUUGGAAGGAAAAGUUCACUGUCGAGAUGCAAAGCACGAAGAAAGUGUCGCUCAAAGACGAGGCGACUGCAAAACUUACAGGUCGUCAACUGUGGCAAACCGGUUUGGUCACCGAAGAAGACGAAGGAGAAUCUGACCAUGAAGUCGAAUGCGACGAGACGGCUACUGCCGACGCCGCUGCUGAUGAUAACAAUUCGGAGGACGGGGCUGACCACGAUGGGGCAUCUGCAUAA